AAACCUGCAUACUGAAGACCUAGUAUCCACUACAGAUGCAAGCGAGACCUCUCCUCAUACGGAGGGGGGUUCUCCUGACUUCUCAACAGAAGGGCCUCAAAACGUUCCAACAGCAAAAGUGUACGACCACAGCCAGAUGUCCAGCACUCUCCCUGACCAUCAACAGAAUACUACAGAAAAUGAGGCAAACUCCACAACACCCUGGAUAGUGGCAACCGUCACCACUUUAACAGAGCAAUUUCAAGUUUUAAUCUUCACCAUGAUUAGCGUAUUAGUGGUUUUAAACCGAAUACAUAGACUUUUACUAAACGCCAUACCAGCUUUAAGAAACUUCAUCCCCCCUGUAAGACAGCUUAUUAACCCUCCUCAACAUCAACCACCACACCAAGCAGUCCAACCUAUACCACCUGUAGUACACCAGGAAGUCAUCCUACCCUUACCAGCACCUCCACUCAUUUUAAGAAGAAGCACCAGACAGUCCAUACCACCCAACAGACUUAAUUUGUGAUUUAUUUGUGUAUUAUGUUGUUGGUUUUUUUUUUAUUGUUUUCAAACCAAACUUUUAUAUAAUUUGUGUAAUUAAGAUGUACCUAACACUGAAGGGGGGGUAACUCUGUAAAAUCAGCCAAAUGUUUUAUUUAUGAUAUGUAUUGAAGGACAUUGUAAAGAGCUUCUCAAUGGUUAAAAAUAAGGGGUUUGUUAGACUGUUAUAUACCCAGUGUAAUUUUUAUGAAGAAAUGGUUGGUUCAAAUAUUUUGAAAUUUAUGUUUAAAGUAUUUCUUACCUGUC